AAUCGCCUUUCUCCCCGCCCGCUGGUUGCGCGGUUUCCUGCAACCUAUAAAAAUUCAGCCGGAGAACCGCACCUGUCCAUCCAUCUCAUCUCACCUCACUCACACUACUACUGAUAUCAGCUAGGAGUACUCGAGUUCACUAGCUACCAGUUCGCUUCCUUCCUUCGGCACCAGACUCUCUCCCACGAAGAUGCCUACGGUGACCCGUGCCUACCUCGACCAGAGGCUCGCCGUCGCCAACCGCUGCUCCAAAGAGGCUGCCAUGGCUGGAGCCAAGGCCGCGGCCGUCGCCACCGUCGCUGCCGCAGUCCCCACUCUGGCGAGCGCGAGGAUGCUGCCGUGGGCGAGGGCGCACCUGAACCCGACCGGGCAGGCGCUCAUCAUCUCCACGGUCGCCGGGAUGGCCUACUUCAUCGUCGCCGACAAGACCAUCCUCUCCAUGGCCAGGAAGCACUCGUACGAGACGGCGCCAGAGCACCUCAAGAACACCUCCUUCCACUAAUUAGACACUUGAUUGGUUCAAAAAAACUAAUUAGACACUUGAUUAGCCAGUGCCCAAUAAACUGUGUACGCUGGCCCGUGGAAACGUGUGUUCUGAAACGUAUGAUGUUCAGCGACAGGGCCAGCAGGCGAGGCGACGAUGGUUGCAGUGCUGAAAGGUGGUGUACAGCCCUUCAAUUUGUGCGAGCAAGCACUAAUAAUGUGGCCAUGUUCUCCAUCUUACUACUAGUACCUUCCCGGAGAUCUUGAAUUAAUAAAAACUACUAGUUCUAAUUUUGUA